AUAUUCUUAAUGUCAGGUGUUAUGAAUAUUGCUUAAACUAUGGUUAUGUGUCUAAGAAUUAAAUGUAAUGUAGAAAAUAUUUUAAACACACAUGUUUCAGUACCUAAGCUUUGAACUACUAUUACGGCAAUUAUAUAUAACAUGGGAAGACAUUUGAUCUGAUUUUAAGUGUGUUAGUUAUUUUGAUUUGUAAAAUGUCAGGGCUUACAAUAAAUAACUAAUUAAUGUGAAAAAAAAGUUAAAAUCAAUAGAAACUAAGAUUUGUGUCAUGUUUUUUUACGUUGGUUUCCCAGGUGGGUUUUGCCUAUUUCAAAGAUGGGAUUCCAGUUACUACUAUAUGCAGAUCUGUUAUCAUCGGGUAUAUACUGCGCUGAUCACCGCUGGGAUUCCCAGUUUUUGCUCAGUCUUCAUUUGUUGCUUGUGGGUCGGUUCUUGGGCCAACAAGUAUUCAGAGCCAUAUAGCUGCUAUAGUGAUGUGUGCAACAUUGAUGAUGACGCACAGUUUUGUGACGGAACCUACAUGAUAUGUCGUCAGUGUAAUGUCGUCAGGGAGGACUGCUUUACAAGACUGCACGUUUGUAAUUGCUCCCAGUUCUGUACUGUUGAAGGAUGCGUGCUUCCACCUUCACCAGAACAUGGUCGGUAUAACGUUAAUACCACACGCGUACCUAUCGGUGUCAAGUUAGAGGUCACGUGUAUAGCGGGAUACACCGUUCGGGACGAUAAUCCGAUGACAUGCAGUAAUUUCUCAGUCUGGACAGGGUCCUUACCAUCGUGUUCAGAAUCAAACAUUGAUAGGAACAUUAUACUCAUAAUAACCUUUGGAGCGGGUCUAGUUAUAUCACUCGUCAUCAACCUUAUAUUUGCUCACCGAUGCCACAAGAUGCAAAUGAAGAAACGUCAAGCUUAUAAUGUCAAGCAAUCUUAUAAUCAAGAGGAACCACACAUUGUUGAGCAUACAAGAGAUGCAGAGCAGUGUGGUAUUGGAUACAAGUCAGAGACAAAAAGGCUCCUUCCAUCAGCACCCGAUGAGCGAAAAAUUGAUGUCGAAGACAAUAGUAAAACAGAACAUGAUCCUAAUGAACGGCAUCCACCAAUGACAAGCUAUCAACACGAAGAUGGAACACGUGGGAAUAUGGGUAAAUCAGAUAUGAAUUAUAUUCCUGAUGGAACAUCACAUGCAGAGAACAACACAUUGAAUGGAGGCAUGCAGAAUGAAGGAUGCAGUUUCAGCCAAACUGUUGGCCACGGCCAAAAUGUGUCCGUUGUUCUAAAUCUUACCAACGGCACACCACCAGCUGCAACAAAUAUUAUUGCGAAGCAGGAAAAUCUCUCGGCUCAGCAACAUGACAAAUACCCUAUUCCCGAAACACAAAUCGGGGACGCACAAUAUUUGGUCAAAACGAUGGGACCAACUAUGCAACCUGAUGUUUCCACAACAGGCCCAGUGGUUCAGCCAGAAGAUGUGGGAGAAAAGGCAAAGAUCGCUGUAGGUCGAGGGGAAUUUUCGCAUGGUGACAUGCAUCCACGUGAAACUAUAGCGUUUUAAUGACGAACAAUUGCAGGGAACGCACUUAUAUUUCAGAGUGAGCUGAUUUACAUUGAAAUAUUGAAUUAUUUUUCAUGCCAAAUUACUGCUUCUUAUGGAAUGUUUAAUGGUAGAUUUAAACGAAGAGUCUGUCUAUUUAGUAGUAGAAUUGUUCAAAGUAUAUAUUUGACGUUUGACAUGGUGACCUGGCCCAUGCACAUGCCUAUGAUUUUUCGCCCUUACCCCCGAUGGAAGCAUUGGCAGUAUUGAUUUAUUGGCCAAUUUGAAUGAAUUUAUAUGCAUAAUAAAGUCAAUGUAAAUAUCAAAAUGAAAAACGGUGGUGUGAGUUUGCUAAAUGUUAAAUAAUGUUUAAACAUUAUAGGUAAGAAGUGUUGAUGAUAUGCGAGGAAUUUUUUGGACAGUUGCAAGAGUAAAAUGUAAUUCAUAAAUGCAUGAAUAACAAAAAUAACUGUCUUUAACUCUCAUUAUAUAUGAAAUGUGCAAAAUGUGUUUACUUGAUCAAAGCUCAAUAUGUUGUUCGCAUAUUGAUCAUAAAGUUUUAAUUGAUUGUUUUGUAAACCGCACACCUAUUGUAAAUCAAAACUUUGUUUAUUUUAAACAACCCUAGCAAAUGUUACAUUGGGUUUGAUCUUGUUUGAACUUGUAACCAUAAUCGAAUUAUUGUUGUAAAUCUGAUUUGUUUUUCGUUCAAGAAGCACUUAAAGGGAUCUUUUCACGCUUUGGUAAAUUGACAAAAUUGAAAAAAGUUGUUUCAGAUUCGUAAGUUUUCGUUUUAGUUAUGAUAUUUGUGAGGAAACAGUAAUACUGAACAUUAACCAUGCUCUAAUAUAGCCAUUAUAUGCAUCUUUUGACGAUUUUAAAACCUAAAAAUUAUAAAGCGUUGCAACGCGAAACGAUUGAAUAAUUUGGAGAGUUCUGUUUUUGUCGUUAAAUUUUGUGAAACUUCGAAGAUUGCUUAUAUAAGGUAUAAAAUACGUCACGAACAUGUACUCGGCGGAAUAGCUCAGUAGGCUAAAGCGUUUUUACUUCAGGACUCUGGCAGGACUCCAGGGGUCACUGGUUCGAAACCUGCUCCGGGCAAUGUUCUUUUCCUUUUUUUUAUUUUUUUUCUUGAUUUUUUACUGGAGCUUUUACGAUCCAAUGUUUACAUUUAUCAAUAUAAAGCAUUUAAUGAAUAAGUUAAAAAAUGCCAAAAUCUGUGAAAAGGCCCCUUUAAUAUUGUGUUAUACAUUAAUAUUAUUUAAGUAAAGUCAAAACAAGGUAAAAGGUUAAAUGAUGUUUGAUAUUAAUUCAAAUUGCUUAAUGAUUUUAAUAAUAUAGUGAAAAAAAUAUAUAUGGUAGAUUAAGUAUAUGAAUUUGCGUGGUCUGAAGCUAUUUAAAUGAAAUAAAAAUAGUGACAAUCAGGAAUUGUUCUCCACUUUUAUAAAUAUUCAAUUUAACUGAGUUUGAGAUAAAAAGUUCAGCUGUACGUCUUUACAUGUGUUACCAUUGAGUUGGCACAUGGACAGUUGUGAAUAUUUAAUAUCAUCUGGGUGCUUAAUUUGACUUGCUUGAUGUUCUUAUUCUGAAGCAUUUUCAAACUUUACAUAUCAUUAAGCCUUUUGUACUUAGAAUUUUUAUGUUAGAAAUUUAUAAUAAUAGAUAUCUUUUUAAUAUACAAUAGGAUGUUUUUAAUUCUCAUGUAUUUUUACGCAACAUGUUAAAUCAUGACUUUAUUUUCCUUUAAUACAGUCCCUUAAUAUAGUUGCUGAGGAAACGUGUGUAUUUAGUGUGCAUUUUGCAUGUUAUUUGGUUAAUAAAAUUUAAUCUAC